AUGAAGGACUUACGACCUGAAGAUUAUCGUGUCAUAUGGAUUGCACCAUUAGAAAUCGAGGCAAAAGCCGCUUUGAGUAUGCUAGAUCAUUGGCAUGACGGUAAAUUUCGAAUGGCUCCCGGCGACGAUUACGUAUUCCAAGCCGGUGAUAUGUGCGGACAUAAUGUUGUAAUUGCAACUUUUCCGACUGGUCAGGAAUAUGGGACGGGAUCAGCCGCUGCCCUCGCCAGUCAGGCAAAGAAGUUUUUCCCUAACCUCUGGUUUGGUCUCCUAGUAGGGGUAGCAGCUGGUAUUCCUGAUCUUAAAAAGAACCCACAACAAGACAUUAGAUUAGGUGAUGUUCUUGUCAGCAUCCCAGAUAUGGACCGCCCGGGAGCUGUGGCAUACGACCUAGGUAGAGACAAAGGAGAUGAUUUCCUUGAACUUCUACGACAGGGUCAUAUUCUUUCUCAGACUGCGCCAGUUGUGAGGGCAGCUAUUGGCAGCAUCAAACUUCGUUCACCGAAUGAAGCCAAGUUAUUUCUUCCGUUUUACGAAAAUAUGGAGAACAAAGAGAAUUUUAUUGAUCCUGGGCAAGAUCGCGACAAUUUCUAUGAAGUAGGACCUAACGGUAUCGAGUAUAUAGUAGAAAGACCAAAGCGACCUGCUGCACAGCGCACUAGAGUGUGGUAUGGUCCAAUAGGGGCAGGCGAGAAACUCAUGAGGGAUGCCUCGAAGAGAGAUAUGUUGAGAGAUAAAUAUGGCAUUAUUGGCCUAGAGAUGGAAGCAGCAGGUGUUAUGAAUCGAAUUGAUGUCGGCAUCAUCAGGAGCACAUGCGACUACGCAGAUAAACACAAGAACAAGGACUGGCAGCCAUAUGCUGCGGCUAUGGCAGCGGCAUACGCCAAAGCAAUCCUGGAUCAACUCUCACCAGGACACGGUAAGCCCACCUAA